AUGAUGAUCAUCGUCCAGACUCAGCCACAAGCCAGAGAAUUGGUGAAACGCACACGCGGAAAGCAAGUAGAGUCCGGCGUGCAGGAAGUAGCCGAUGAAAUCCGCCAGAGUCAGACACAGGAGCACACCAACCAACACGCCUGUCAGGACUUGCUUCCCGUCCAUUUAUUUGCCCUUCUUAUUGUUUCAUUUGUCCCACGUCUUCCGUCGUUGCGAGAAAUCGGCGUCAAGUACCAGCAGUUCAGGAUAGUUAUGGAAUUGCGCAAGGAUGGAAUAGUGCAGCAGGCCCUGGAAAAGGAGCAUGGAGAUAGAUUGAUGUUGGGAGGGAUCAAAAAGCUUCAGGGAACAAAGCAAGGACCUCAGGAGAAGGUCAGGGAUUUUGCAACAAGAAUUUGCCGAAUUGGCACCCAAAUGAUUGGAGAAGCUCCAACGGAGCUAAAAGUGAUAAAGUUGAAGGAUGGGACUUUGACUAUCACAAAAAACCCUUUGUUCAGAGAAGAACUAAUUUUACAACAGGGAGAAGAAAGGAUCAUCGAGAACAUGAUGAUGACCUAUUUCAUGCAAGGGUUAAGGAAAAGUCUCUAUGAUAAAUUCCAUGUAUUUCCCACCACAUUUGAACAAGCCAUAGAGAUGGCAGGUGGCAUGGAACAAUUAAUUUCAUCAAAGAGAGACAGAGAUAGAGAUGAUGAUUACGGUGUGUAUGCCCUUUCUAACAAAUUUAAUAGAGCAGUCUCAUUCAAGAAACCUCCUUUUAAAUCUUUUCUGGGACAACAGAGGAGAGAGUGGUAUCCAAAUUGCCCACAGGGCAUGGAUCCAGGAAAUCCCUCUGGAAAUUGUUGUUGGAAUUGUGGGGACAAAGACCACUACAAGAACGACUGCCUGAAUCCAGUUAGGGGGUACAAACAAAGACCAAAUACCAGGUUGAUGAAGAAUAAACAUCCAAACCAGAGAAAUUUGAAGAAGGGAGGAGAUUGGAGCAGAAGUCCGAUCCCUAGAAAUAGGAGUACAACUCCCAGUAGAAAUUCGCGAUCUACUAGGAGAAGGGAUUCAACACCUGGAGAAGGAUACUCCAGUGAUAGGAGCAAAAGUAGGAGUAGAAGUCAAAGCAUGAGCAGGGAUAGGAAAGGACGUCACGUACACUAUGUACAGCAAAGAUACAGGAAAGAUCAACAAACUGAAUCCAAACCAUUGGAUCAGUUUGAGGGAGAAUGGGAACAGAGUUCGGGAAACAAAUAG